AUCCCUCUUUGGCUCCGUUAGCUGGGAUCGGUUUGGGUUGGGGCAUUGCAGCAUGGCAGAUCCGGUCACGGAGCAAAUCGGCGCUCGAACGGAUUGGCAGCGCGCCCGGGAAGACCCCGCGGAAUUGCCACUCGCAGCUGAGCGCUUGGUGGAGGACGCGGUGGGGAACAGGAUCCCUUUCGGGACUCUUUACAAGGAACAGAAGACAAUCGUGAUCUUCUUGCGGCAUUUUUUGUGCUAUAUCUGUAAAGAAUAUGUGGAGGAUCUGGGCAAAAUUCCCAAGAAAUUUUUGCAAGAUGCAAAUGUUAGACUUGUGAUUAUUGGGCAAUCAGCACAUCAUCACAUUCGGCCGUUCUGUAAUCUGACAGGUUACCCUCAUGAAAUAUAUGUAGAUCCACGAAGAGAAAUUUAUAAAAUUCUUGGUAUGAAAAGAGGGGAAUCCUCCAGCUCAGCAGUGCACAGCCCUCAUGUUAAAUCCAGUUUGCUAUCAGGAAGCAUUAAAAGCAUGUGGAGAGCAAUGACGAGCCCUGCAUUUGAUUUUCAGGGUGAUCCAGCUCAGCAGGGAGGCACUUUCAUUUUAGGACCAGGUGAUGAGAUUCACUUUGCACACCUUGACCAAAACAGGUCGGACCAUAUCCCCAUUAAUAAUAUUUUGCAGCUUGCUGGAGUUGAAACACUAGAUUUUACCUACAGAUGUCCAAUUAUUGAUAUAUGAAUUUUUAGAAGAAAAAUACACCUGCCAAGACAGGUUUUGUGUGUGUGUGUGUGUGUGUGUGUGUGUGUGUGUGUGUG